GUUGUAAUAAAUUGGCUAAUCGCGCUUGUUACUCCGUCAAGGCCACUUGGCACGGUUAAUGAACAUAAAUUUGACCAUUUUCUGACAGAAAUUGAAUUUGUUCAUUAUGGAAAGUAACUCUGAUCUGGAAGAAGUUCAAAUUAACGUCAAUGGAACAAACCGUCCUCAUGCUAAAUCGAUAGAACAGAAUUUUUCUAGUUCAAUACCGAAUCAUUCUCUUUCUUGCACAGAAGCUCCCGCCGUGUCACUUGAAACACCAAAUGAUUUGUCUAAGUCACCUACCAUUCUGUCAAGCUCUACUGUAACUAAGAAAGAAAUUCCGUCUGAUUACGUUUUUGGGUCAAAUAUUUCAUCACGUGUUGUGAAUGCUGAUGUGUCGAAAGGUGCCUCGGUUAAUUUAUGGACAUCAACAUCUACAAGUCAUGAUUCCGCCUCGUGUGUUUUUACCACACUGGCUAAAGCAGUUACUGCUUCUCAAGCAAACUUUAAGGAUUCGAAAAAUCUGGAAGAUUCCGCGAAGGAAGUAGCUGAGGAUAAGCGGAAGGAAACAUUAUCUUUAGCAGAAGUCGACCUAGUUACUGGUGAAGAAGGGGAAAUUCCAAUCAUUCGACAACACUGUCGAGCUCAUAUUUUCGAUGCUAAUAAGCAGAAGUGGAAUAAUAUUGGGGCUGUUCAUUUCCAUUUAAAUGAUAUUCCCAACGACAGUGUGCAAGGGAACAACAAUAAUUCCUCCAGGUCCCGGAUAGUAGUGCGUUUAGUGUCUACACGCAGAUUGUUGAUUAAUACUCUUAUUUGGUCUCAAAUGCCUGCCGCUCUAGUUGACUCACGAACUUUGAGGAUAGGUGCAAUUAAUGAGGAAGGACAUAUCAAAAAUUAUCUUUUUGGAUUUCCACCGGAUGAGUCGGCUUCCAAAAUAUUUGAAAUGAUAAGUUUUAGAAAGUCAAACGCUACUACUCUCCCGUAUGAAAUUUAUCAUGACAUAGCACCUGUUUCAAACAAAGAUAAGGUGGCUGGUUGUAAGCGUCAGUUAGAAAUUCAAGCCAAAGCAGAUGUAGAUUGCUCACUUCAUGUGCCCCCGAAAAUAGCCAAUACUAAUAUCCUUUCACCUACACCAAGUGUGGUUGUAUUUCCAAAGACUAAUAUAUUUAGACCAUCGGUAUUCGCUCCAGUUUGUAAAGAUUCGUCCAAUAAUUCAUCGAACCCAAAUCACUCUUGUCAUGUGGGAGAACUACAGUUUCGAAAUUCACCGUUGGAUAACGUUGUUAAACGUCUCUGCGAAAGCAGUCAAUCUGGUAGUUCUGAAUCUUCUACACUUCCAUGUAAUAACAAAAUAACUGAACCCCCGAAAUUGUCAUCGGGUGUAAAUUCUCAGAAUAUGCCUAUCAGUUCGGUUUCAAGUAAUCAAUGUGCCGAUUUCAUAUUCGGCCAUAACGUUUCGGAACGCGUCACAAAUGCUUCUUUAUCUACAGUCGUUAACCGUGAUAUCUCUGGCAAGGAUCUUCCAGUCGAGUCUUCAGAGUCAAACGACCACGGUUUAUCUCCAGAAAACGAAGAGAGUAUAGAUGCUUCUGAGACUGGUGAGCAUUGUACUGUUCUGCCUAGUAAGCGAACACUAGAAGAAUCUGCCGCUGCAGUAACUGCCGAGAUGCUCGAAAAGUCGACUUAUCUCUUAGCUAAUCUUCCAGAAUCUCCUAUUCUCACCGGGGAAGAAGGAGAAUACCUUACUGUAAAAGCUUACUGUCAUUUUUAUUGUUUUGAUCGUCACAAACAUGAGUGGGUUGGUCGUGGACAGGCUUACAUUCACUUGAAUGAUGUUGCAAUGAAAUCUUCAUCGUUGCCUAGUCAAGUCUCCCCUUUUCCGUCUGGGCCGCCUGCACGGUCUCGUUUAGUAAUCCGCACGUGCCAGACUUUGAAACUUUUGGCCAAUGUUCCUAUCUGGUCCGGUCUGAACGUUGCUAUGGCUGAUGAACGCUCUAUUCGUCUGACUACAGUUUGUCAUCCGUCAGAAACUUUAAAUGAUUCUCAAAAUAAGCUUCUAUAAACAGGACAUAAUUACAAUGUGGAUAAGUCCUAGACCGUUGGACCACUUUCAUAACUGUAAGUUGUAAGGAACCGCUAUUAUGGAAAGCAUUUUUUGUGUGUAAUCGUACUAAUGUAUUAUAUCUAUUCACGUAGUUGACCAUGUUUGCUUUUCCUUUUGUCUGCAUAGCCUUCAUGUUCUAUAGAUUCAGUUGUUACAAAACCAGAAUUUUGUGCUUAUCUACUUGUUAUGCAUUCACAUAAAGAAGCUGACCGUCUUUUUCAAGCUCUUAAUUCGCGUAUAAACACUUUUACUAGUCGUUUAAACGCUAAACCUACAUAUCUUCACGAAACAAAUAGUGCAUCCAACAGUCCUGGUGAUUUUUCUUCUAUUCAUUCCCGUACACAUGGUCAUCUUGAGGAAGGUGAUGACUCUCCUAGUAUUAGUAAAGUUGAUGACGAAACCCUACGACCAUACAUGAAAUUAGAAAUUGACGAACCUCCGACAGAUGCGAACUCUCAAUCUAUGGGUUUCACACCACCUGACAAUUCGAAUUGAUCUGUCAAGAGAAAAUUACAAGAUUUUUGAUCACAUCCUAAUGUAUUUUAAUAACCUUUCUUCAAGUAAUCCCGUUGUGAAAAAAGUGCUAUGAUCUAUAAAAUAUUACAUGUAUCGUUCAUAUGUAUACGUACAUUUAUAAAGUUUCCUCCUAUUAUAUACACAUACAUGUCUAUUUAUUAUGUUGAUACCAUACAAUCUUGAAUAUCAAGGUUUUGUUUGUUAUUUCAACUUAUUCGUCCAAUACACUAGUUAACUCUGUGUUUUAAUAUUAGAAACUAGUAAACAAAUAACCAAUCAAGUAUUUAUUUCUGUUCGUUUUUACUUUUUCAGAAUUAAUUUAUUCACUCACUAUAUUGUUGAAUGUUUCGGAGAUUUUUUUAAAUAGUUGUAGCUACAACAUGAACACAGAUAUAUUUGUAAGAAAAAAAGGGUAAAAGCACAGCAAUUUAGCAUUUUUCUUGUUUUGUUUUACUUUAUGCCUAUUUGCUUAUUAUUCCACAAUAGAGAGUUGGAAUAUUCAUUGGUAGAGAAUAUUGAACACUUGAUUGUUCCUGCUUUAGAUUGAUUGCCUGAAUCCAUUAAACUUUUAGUUUUGUUACUCGUAUUAUGUCAUAAUAGCUCCAUUUCUCAUAGUGUACUUUGUUUCUAAGUCGAUUUUAUAUUUUUCUCAUGAAACUUCUGUUUGUAUUUUGUGCAAUUGUCCUCGAUCAGAUGUUCAAAGAAGUAGCAGUAGCUUAGAGUACUGGUAGUUUUUCGUUAGCUAAAUGUUAGGAAAUAACCCAUUUGCUUAUAAUUAUAUAUAUACACGGAUACUCUUCUAUAUUGCUAAAUACCAGCGUUUUUUAUAGACAAAUAAAAUAUUUAGCUCUUAUUAUACAACAUUUAUUCACUAGAAUAACAGUAAAUAAUUAAGGAUUCCUUUACUUCCUAACAACACUGAACUUAGUCAAUAAACAAAUUUUUCUCCAAAACACCGUCUUUAAUAUUUUAAACUAACUGGUGACUACCACUGAAGUUGAUAAGUUUGGAGUGAUCAGGCAUAUGGAUUUAAGAAAUAAGACCGUUUUCCCAUGAAUUUAUGUGUAUAAUAUGUAGUUUCUGACGUGCAGUGACUUGGUUGUUAAGGUAAUUGACUUUCUAUCUUUAUCUAACAGAUGCCAAACAUGGCUUAUCAAUUUCUGUUUCAGCAUCUGGUUAGUAUCAUGAGUUCUUCCAUAUAAGAGGCGUGGCUCAAAUCCGGGUACAUGAAACUGUCCUUGGUAUGUCCUGAUAAAACUGGGAUCUAGACUGGAUGAGUCGUAUGAAGUCGGGCGUUAGAUAAUUGACUUACCGGUGAUAAAUAGGUAACCUAUGUGUGAUGUUAAUUGACUAUCUAGAUUGCAGUACAUUACUUUAUCACCAUAAUUCGUCCAUCGAUUGAACGAUUUAUUAUUUUGUAAUCCUUGUGCUCAAAUUGCCUAUAUGUUAGUUGAAUUGAUAUGUUUUUUACGACCUCUACGCAUUACGAUUAGUUAUCUGAUUGAAAAAGUUCGUAUAUGCUUACCGAUCAUUAGUGACAGUCUGUCGAGCAACAGCGAGAACGAAUUUGAUGUAUUCACAAGCUAUAAGUCAAAAAGAAAUCAUUUACGUAAUUCUAAGGAAUUUAUAUCUGGGUAGUGCAACCGUUGUCGAAAUACAUUUGAAUAUACAUGGUUCAAACUUCAAGGCACUUCAGGAAUUCCCCAUAUUUUCUACAUGAUGCUCGAUACCUCAGAAAUAAAAUGGUUCCUAAUUCUAGAAAUUUGAUGUAUAGCUUCACAGCUGAAAUUCUAAGGAAUCGAUCUCAUUUCUAAUCAUCAGAGUCAAUAAAAGUCUUGAAAAUAUUUUUAAACCAAUGUCUUAUGUUACACUAGGCGUUAAAGCGGAUAUGAAGCCAAUCGUGUGGAUCCUUAUUAACAGUGGAUUGCAUGCUGUUGGUUUAAAAGGCUCCAUCAAUGACGAGAAAAGCGUAGAAAAUGAUCCUUAUAUUUCUCAAUAAAUAGGAUCCGACGAAUAAUAUGCUAACUGGGGACUUAAAUACAUAGGUCAGUUGUCUAAGCACAGAGUCGUUUGGGUAACAAAUGGAGGUUCGUUAUCCGCAAGUUUAAUAAUGGGUAAGGCCCGGGACUUCGUGCAGAUUACUACCCUUUCCUGGUCAGUACCAACUUUCGACAUAAUGAUUACUUGUUUCUUGCAUACCAUCCUCCCUCUGCUAUACAAGCCUGCACUAAAAUUGAUUACAUUCCUAUUAGCUGUUAGUGGCUUGGUUGUAUUCAGGACUGGCGUUUCUUUUUGAGUAUCUAUCAGGGUUCUGAUGAUGCCUAUGUAAGGGCGAAAUCUAUUUUAUAUUUUGGUGGCAAAGAAAUUUCCUUUCCUAAAAGAACUGAUAAAAGUAAACUGACUACAAUGUCCGCUACAUUCAAAUAUAAAUCCGAGCAAGAUUUAAAGCUAGUCGAUAGCCAACUGAAAAGCGCACAUGAACGCUGGAUUAAUGUCUCCAUAAAAGUGAGGAUUAAGACCACCCACAACUUCACUAAACGUCCCACAUGCCAAAUGGACCUAUUAGGGCUCCCCCAACUCCUUGAGUUAUGGUGGUUUAAUUCAGCAAACCAUGAGUUUGUUUCCAUAAAUAACUCAUAGGACUCCCCAAGACUUUCGUAAUAACUGUGAAACCUGUUAGUCGAAGGGUUGUAUCUAGUUGGGAGCAGCAUUUACGCCUCUCCUGCUUCUGGGGAUUGCUUCAACUAAUUUGAGACAUUGGUAGCAAGAACCCUAGCGUCAUUGAAACAUAACGCCGGUUCGUAACCUCGAACUCGUAUAGUGCAUUUUUAUAGUUCUACGGAUUUUGCUGAAAUAAAUUUUUCUAAGCUGGGUAGUUUACUCAUGAGGUUUUCGUUGUCUUUUCAGACGAUACAAUUCAGAGAGAAGUGAGCCAUAAGAAUUUCUCCAUAAAUGGCUAGCAAUUUGUUCCAUCAAUCUUGAAGCUAAGUAACUGGUUGUUGACGCUUGUUCUGCCAUUGUUUGAACAUAUAUUUUCAUUGUCUUCCUCUUUGCCUUUAUGCUUGUUUAUGAUUUUUCAAGUUAGCUGGUAACUUGAGUUUAUUUCACCAUGCUUAUUGAUUACUGACUGAUCUAGGUGCUGAGCUUCUGUAGAUCAUUUGGUUUCCUCUGUGCAAUAUUUUGAGGUUUUUUCAGUAGAAUAUAUGUCCACAGUUACCAAUGUAUAUUAAUAUUGGCGCUUUAACGCCUGUAAUGUUUUUCGCGAUUGGAACAGUUCAUUUUACAGAUAGUAUCUGGCUUACCUUCUUUUGUUGUUUCGUCUCUUUGCACGGAAUCAGUUGAAGGGAUGUCACUGCUUAUGAUUGACACCUGUUCCUACUGACCUCAAUAAUCAGGUCGAAAUUUCUGAUAUCCUUCAGUGUAUCUUCACUCUUUUCAUACAAUUGAUUUUGUGAGUUGUUGCCAUUUUAGUUAACGAUUUCUGUGUCGGUUGGUUUUCAGUACGCUUUAGCCCCUAGUUUCUCAGUAUUGAUUCUAGUGUUCAACACAUUCAAGUAUAAUAGUUUGUUACUUAAUUCUUUCUUCAAUGUGAACUUUGUGUUAUCGAAGGCGUUGUCGAUAAAAUUGUAGACAUUCCUCCAACAUCUCAUAAUCACAUAGGCAUAACACGGAGUGAAAGUGAGUAAAUAUUCUAGCUUCUGAAGUGUUCAGUAUGCAGGUAACCUUUUGUCAGAUGAAUAGCCGAAGUUUUCGGAAAAAAUCGGUAGGCAGAGAUUGUUUAAUUAUCUGGGAAUCAUUUGACUGUCGUCCGCAAUUUUUAAAAGAGGCGAAGUAAGCUAUGUGAUAAUUAUAUGGGUUGAUCUGCUACUUAUUGCCUUUAAACUAUUGAAUUCUUAACACUCCAUAAGUUCAAAACUUGUGACAAGCGAAUUCACUAAAAAAGGCAGGUUCUAUUCCAUUUUAUGGAUUCUCUAAUCUUAUCCUCAUUCUCCAACAAAUCCUAGGACAUUACCACACAUACUGGAUGCUAACAACCGUCGUGUUCCCUGAUUUUAGCACCCUAUCUCAUUUGUUGGGAACGAUUGUGCCCUUGGACACCCUAUC